AGUCUGAACACUUCCAGCUACGGAGUACUACUUACUUGCUACCAUUUCAUUUCAAUUCAUCCACUCACACUCUCACAAACUCAAAACUCAAAACUCAUCAAUCUUUCAAACAACAAAAAAAUGCUGAGCGCAACUCGAUUAGAAGCUGAACGGUUACUCGGAAUCUCAGAGAAGCUCUUACAGAACCGAGAUCUAAUGGGUUCAAAAGAAUUCGCAAUCUUAGCUCAAGAAACCGAACCUCUUCUCGAAGGUUCCGAUCAGAUCUUAGCCAUCAUCGACGUUCUCAUCGCCUCCGAGAAACGCGUCAACAACAACCCUGACUGGUACUCCAUCCUCCAAAUCGAUCGCCGAUCCGACGACGGUGACCUCAUCAAGAAACAGUACCGCCGUCUCGCUCUUCUCCUGCAUCCGGAUAAAAGCAGGUUUCAUUUCGCCGAUCAUGCUUUCAAGCUUGUUGCUGAUGCUUGGGCGGUUCUCUCCGAUCCAAUCAAGAAGUCGAACUAUGAUAAAGAGCUCUCGUUUUUCUCUCGGGUUGAUUUGUCUGUUCCCGGUUGGGUUCAGCAAGAUAAGGUGCCGGUGCCAGGGCCGGUUCGGAGAACCGGUCCUGUACCUGGACCGGAAACUGGAGCCGGUCCAAGGAACAGUGCUGCUGCUGCUAGAGAUGGAAUAGCUGCUGAUGAAAACGCGCGUCGUAGGAACGCGACUUUUUGGACUGCUUGUCCUUACUGUUACCGUUUGUAUGAGUUUCCUAAGGUUUAUGAGGGUUACUGUUUGAAAUGUCCUAAUUGUGAAAGAUCUUUUCACGGUGUUAAUAUUCCGUCUCUGCCGCCGUUAGUUCCGGGGCAAGAUGCUUAUUAUUGUUGCUGGGGUUUUUUUCCGAUGGGUUUUGUUCUUGGGAAUGUUGGUUCAGAAGAGAAAGAGACUGAACUGCCAGAGACGGAAACGGUUCCGGUGCCGAUAUCGGUUCAGGCUGCUGCUCCGUUUCAGCCUGCUGCAGCUUCGUUUCAGUCUGCUUCGGUGCAGCCGGCUUCGUCGCUGCCGAAUUGGAUGCCGGCGCCUGUGCCAGUGGAGAAUGGUGGGAAUAAUGUAAUGCCGGUGGUGCCGCCGAGGGAUGUUGUGGUUGCUACGCCUGCAAGGGUGACGACAAGAUCAGGUGUUGUUUCGAAUGGUGUUGCUCCCAGGGGUUCGGGAACGGGUAAGAAGCGUGGAAGGCCGAGGAAGUAUUAUUGAUGUGCGAUUGGGAAACAAUAAAAUCAAGGUGGACCUGAAUCGAGAGUGUUAGAAAGUGCGAUUGCAUUCUGGUUUUUUGGGGCUGGAAUUUGUAAGUUAUUUGAUAGUUUUUAGUUAAUAAGGUUUGGAAGCUGUUUUGGAUGGAUAGUAUGUAGGUACUGUUAUUCUGUUGUUUAAUUAUUACUUGUUUAUGUAGAUAUAGAUGACUUAAUUGGUUAAUCACUUUUGUUUAGCAUCUGCUAUUAGGAUUGAUUCACUCUGUAUCUGCUAGUUGGUAAGCAGGGGGGAAAUGUCACCUGUCUGUUGGCCUGUUUCGAUGUGUUUCCAUGAUGUUCCUUGCGCCCUGCUUCGUGGCUGCGACUUUUCUAAAACUACAAAUGCUAACUUUUGAGGAAUUGCUCAUUAUUGGCUAUCUUGCUGUGGAUCCAGUCGGGUUUGCUAGUGUUACCAAUCAUCAGCCACCACUAUGUGCAGGAAUUGUCUCCAUUUCUCAAAGGAAAAGAAAUUGAGAGAUGAAUUUCUAUAGCUUUAGGUAUAUUGAGGUACACAAUUUUAGAACUAGUGAUGUAAUUAGGCCUUUGUACACCUAAAACUACAAUAGUGAGCUUCUCUACUCUGCCAUUGUAUUUUCCUCAAACCUUUGUUGUUAAUGGUAUUUGUUACCUUUGGUGAUAAGUGUUCAUGAUAGCAACAAACUGAUUUGAUUUUUGA